UUUGUUAUAUUUUUGAAGUACAAAGUAAACUAUACUCGUAGUAAAAGGAAAUAAACAAUGGCUUCUCUGCGUUUUCCGUUCUUGUUUUCUCAGCCGCAGAAGCCACCGUGUUCCUCCACCCCAAAUGCUUCAUCUCGCUCCUUGUCCACCGCCGCUGCCCUCGCCGCCGGAAGUUCAGUCGUGGCUGCUGGCGGAGCGAUCAUUGCCAUCACUCAAAGCCCCAAAAAUCCGUUUUUUGAAAAUGCUAUGAAUUUUCUAAUCUCCAACUUCUCGCCUAACAAAAAUCAUUCUUCACCUUUGUGGGGUUCUGUUUCUUUAGUUGAUAAUUCAGCUCCAGUCACUGAAUCGAGGACUGGAAUGUCAUUUCCUUCAAUUCUGAAAGAGUCCCAGCGACUCCUCGGAAUUGGGCUGCGCAAAAAGGCAAUUUUUGGGUUGAAAAACAUUGAUGUCUAUGCUUUUGGUGUGUAUGCUGAUGAUGGUGAUGUGAAGAAGUGUCUGGCUCAGAAGCAUGUCGGUCCCUCUGAUUCUGAACUGAAGCAAAAGGAAGAGUUGAGGGAUCAUCUCAUGGAAAAUGAUAUACGCAUAACUGUUAGGCUUCAGAUAGUGUAUGGGAGACUAAGCAUUGGUUCUGUGCGUAGUGCUUUUGAAGAAUCUGUUGGCAGCAGAUUACUCAAGUUUGGGGGAUAUGAUAACAAAGAAUUGCUCCAUAGGUUCACUUCCCAGUUUAAAGAUGACAUUAAAAUACCUCGGGGAUCUAUCAUAGAGCUCUCCAGAGACCAUGGGUACAUACUUCACACAACAAUUGACGGAAAGGAAGUGGGAAGCAUACAAAGCAAACUCUUAUGCAGAUCAAUUCUGGACCUAUAUAUUGGUGAUGAGUCAUUUGAUCAGAAAGCCAAAGAAGAUGUUGAGUCGAACUUGGCUUCUCUACUUCACAAGUAGCCACUUCAUUGGCAUAAAAGAUACUUUAUCAACAUUAGGAAUCGACUUCUGGUGAUAUUGUAUUGACUGGUUGAUUAUCUUUGAAUAGUUGAAUCAGAGAUCUCUUCAAAUAGAACAUGGAUCUAUAUUUUAUAUUUGAUUUCUUUACUCCCGUAAUA